GGAACAUAUUUUAUUAUUAUUCUUAAUAAAAUUUCUUUUUAUUAUUGAGAUAUAAUCAUUAAAAACACUAGUUAUAGACUAUUAUUUUGAUCGGAUGAAGGUCUGUCCCCAAUGAUUGCAAACUAGUCGAAUCAAGCCAUCAAGGUUAAAUCACACAUGACCUUGAGAUUUACCAAUCAGAGUACGGAGCCCAAUUUUUCUCACCCUUUUAUUGUAAUAUUUGCCUAUCAGGUCAAAUAGAGAACGUGACAAAAUCUCUUUCCGAGAGUGGAGGGGAAAUAGAUUUUUUUAAAAAAAUACUAUCGGUGUAAAUAUCUACAACGUGUUUUUAUGAUCGAACGAUCUACGAUUUUAUACAAAUUUCAAAUAUUGGGGAUUAAAUAAAAAAUUAUGAAAACAAUGGAAACAGACUAUGAGGAACCAGAAAGUCAUAUUGUUCGACAUAAACCUGUUGGUAUUAAAACAUUGUUAAGGAAAACAAGAUUCUCAAGAAAAGAAUUACAAAUUAUGUAUCAAGGAUUUAAACAAGAAUGUCCAGCUGGUACACUUAAUGAAGAUUCAUUUAAAGAUAUCUACUGUAAAUUUUUCCCUCAAGGAGAUGCAACUGUAUACGCUCAGUUAGUAUUCAGAUCAUUUGAUCAAGAUCGUAAUGGGACUUUAACAUUUGAACAAUAUAUUCAAUGUUUAUCGUGUUUAAUGCAUGGUACACAAAAUGACAAGUUACGUUGGGCAUUUCGCCUGUAUGAUAUUAAUGGUGAUGGUUAUGUGACUAAAGGUGAAAUGCUUAAAGUUGUCAAUGCAAUUUAUGAUUUAUUGGGAAGAAAUACAGAACCGCCAAUUAAUGAGUCGACCACAGCUAAUCAUGUAGAAAGAGUAUUUCAAGGAAUAUUUAACUGGUACAAUGAGAUUGUACCAGUCAUAAAUAGUUGAUGAGGUGUGCAAAUGAAAACGGUGAUAUAAUCAGUAGUUAUGAAUAACAAUGGAGGCUUAGUUGACGAUCAGACGUACUUCUUACGUACGCAUAGUUCUGGUUUCAGGAAAUUUUAAUAUAAAACAAGAAUAUGAAGUUCUUGUUUUUUGUAUUCAUGAAACGGAUAAUAUUCUUAUUUCUUUUUACACUUACUGUAUGACCUUUUAUCACAUGAAUCAUUUCAAUGAUGAUGGUUUCAACUUGUUUUCUAAUGUCAUUAUUUUAUUCUUAAAUAAGUUAAUUUUCUCAAUUUCGUUUACUUCUCUAUGAGGUUUAAUCACAUUCAUCUUUGUAAUUAUCUUAUUACAUUCACUAAUAAAUGUCAUCAUAAAUUUUUUGACCUAACGACAAA